AUGCUUAAAACACAGUUCAGGCAGCUUGCUGCAUCAUCAAGCAGGCGAGCUGCACUACUAUCCUUCUCGCAUAGACUAUACUCGACUUCCGAACCGGUCAAACCAUCUCUACAGCUCGUCAGCGAGCUCCGAAAACGCACAGAAAUCUCAAUCUCAAAGGCCCGUGAAGCACUCAUCGCAACCAACAACGACCUCAACGCAGCAUUAGAAUGGAUACAAAAAGACCUCGAAAUCUCAGGUGCAAAAAAGGCAGAGAAAGUCGGGGGACGAGAAACGAAGGAAGGUCUUAUAGCUGUUUCGUUACUCUCACCUGGAUAUGGACAAGGAACGGGUGGUGUACGAGCUAGCAUGGUUGAGAUUAAUUGUGAGACGGACUUCGUUGGACGGAACGAGUUGUUUGGGAAGUUAGUUUCGGAUGUUGCGCAUACGACUGCGUUUCAUGCAGAGGCUCCUGAGGAUUUCCAGGAAAACCCGAAGUUACUUCGACCGUUCCCUUUAGAAUCUCUCCUCGAUGCACCGUUAAUGCAGAAGGACUCACCUUCUGAGUUGUCGUCGACCGCUACUGUUAGCUCCGCCAUCCGCGAUACAAUUGCCAAAGUCGGCGAAAACAUAUCCCUUCGACGCGCGAUUAGCGUCGUUCUCCCUCCAGCUCCCGAGUCUGUCCAAGCAGGGAUACGAGUCGCUUCAUACGUUCACGGUACUACAACAGACCCAACACGAGGCCGUAUGGGUGCUCUCGCACUCACUUACCUCAAAACUCCCAACCUCAAGGAAGUCUUCGCGAAAGAAGGCUUCCUCUCUGACCUCGAGAAACUCGAACGCGCUCUAGCGCGUCAGAUCGUCGGCUUCGACACUCGGUCUAUUCGACUAGUCAACGGUAGUCCUGAGACUGUACUGUAUGAACAACCGUUCGCUUUGUUCCCUGGAGAGUUUGCUGGACAACCUGUGAAGAACGUCGUACAAUUGUGGGCGGAGCAGAAGGGUUUGUUUGAUAAGAGUGCGACGGAGGAGUAUCAGGGGAUUGCUGUUAGUGAGUUCGCGAGGUGGACGGUUGGUGAGGAUACAUCUGAAGACUCGGUGGUUUCUGCGUUCAGGUUAAGGCUCAAGAACUUGAAGAAGGUUGCUCCUUCAUCCAAACCACCAUCUCUUCCAUCUUCUACAUUCUACCCAAUCGAUAUGGCUCCAAAAGGAGGCAACGCAAAGAAAGAGUCAGGACGUGCCAAAAAGGCAGAGAACGAAGCUAAGAAGAAACAAGCAGAAGAAGAAGAGAAGGAGAGAAAGGAAUCAGCAAAAUGGGAGACAGGAGCGAAGGGAAAGGCCACCAAGGAGGAGAAAGAGGCCAAACGCAAGGAGGCUCUGGCCGCAAAAGCAGAGCGGGAAAAGCUUCUAGAGGAAGAGGAAGCCUCAGCGUCAGCGAAACCGAAGCCUGCACCGAAGGCAGGAGCGAAGAAGAAAACCGCUGCUGCAGGUGCUUCUGCGAAACCUGCUGGACCUGGCGCGCUCGCAGCAGGUGGUGGUCUGGCAGCUGUCCCCUUGAGUCCGAAAGAGAGUGUUGAUGAUGGCAAGGGAGGGCAGGAAAGGGUUGAGUCGUUUGCGGCGACGGGGAUUGAUGAUGCGAUUGCGAUGAUGGAAGUUGUGACUGCGAAGAAGGAUAAAGCGAGCAUGGGUCAGCAGGCUGCGGGUCUUGAGAAACAUCCUGAGCGUCGAUUCAAGGCUGCUUUUGAAGCUUACCAGGAGCGCGAGCUUCCCAUUCUUAGAGACGAUCAUCCUGGUCUACGGUUGAAUCAGUACAGGGAACUUCUAUACAAGCAAUUCCAAAAGUCUCCAGACAAUCCGUUCAACCAGACGAUUGUUGCGUAUGAUGCAUCGAAGGACGAGCGGCUUGAGGCAUUGGAUAGACGGAAUAAGGAGAUUGAGGAGAGGCUGAAAGACCGAACGAAGGAUUUGAGCUUGGAUGACUAG